UGCCAGCCCGCGUGAACGAAGCAUGGUUUUGCGUGUUAUGAAUAAAAUUUUAUCGCGAAUUAAAUGAUGCGCACUUGAUGAUCAUUAAUUAAUAAUUACAGUGACCGCGGUAAUAAUAUGACGUUUUGAUUUGAUUUUAUUGGCAUGCCGUGACAUUGAUUCGGUAAGGGACACUCGCGUAUUUAUUAGUUGGCGGGAAGACGUGUAUUUUUAAAAUUCGAAUGGCUGUGUUGUGUUGUGUUAUUGUUAUUUAAUGUUAAGCAUUGCUUUUUUUAUUGGAAUUUUCGUAAUCUGUUAUGCUGUUAAACAUUUCUUAAAGACGGAAGAAUUACCAGUAAACAUGGCGGAACAAGAGAAGGAGCAGGUACGGUGCUCGUCAAGUGAAAGUGAAAACUUUGAGAAGAUCGAAUCGGAAGAGGCACGUGGAAAUUCUAAUGAUGAAAACCCUCAGUUCAGAUUGGGUGACGAAACUCCCUCUGGGGACGAGGGACCAGCAAACGAGGGAGGAGAUUUCUUCCCCAAUGCCCCACCACCGAGUAUACGUCGGCUGUUGACUCCAGCACAGCAACUGGCUCUUGCUGAAAGAAGGAGCAAACUGAGGCCGUCAAUGUCUCAAGGAACUGUGAUUCACAGCCAACGGUUCCAAGAGAAAGACUUCACGGUAGCCACACCAGAGGAGUUUGUCCGGAGAUUCCAAGGAACAAAAGCAAUAAAUAAAGUUCUAAUAGCGAACAAUGGUAUUGGUGCUGUAAAAUGUAUGAGAUCGAUAAGAAGAUGGUCCUACGAAAUGUUCAAAAACGAGAGGGCUGUGCGCUUUGUUGUUAUGGUAACACCAGAAGAUUUAAAAGCAAAUGCAGAAUAUAUCAAAAUGGCUGAUCAUUAUGUCCCAGUACCUGGAGGGUCUAAUAAUAACAACUAUGCCAAUGUUGAGUUGAUAGUUGACAUAGCUACUCGGACUCAAGUUCAGGCGGUCUGGGCCGGUUGGGGUCACGCGUCAGAGAACCCAAAACUCCCAGAACUACUUCACAGAGCUGGAAUAGUCUUUAUAGGUCCACCUGAAAAAGCUAUGUGGGCUCUCGGUGAUAAGAUUGCCUCAUCCAUAGUAGCUCAAACAGCUAAUAUACCUACCCUGCCAUGGAGUGGUAGUGAAUUAAAAGCCGAAUACAACACAAAGAAAAUAAAAAUUUCGUCUGAACUAUUUGCACGAGGCUGUGUGACUACACCUGAACAGGGAUUACAAGCUGCGACUAAAAUCGGAUUCCCUGUGAUGAUUAAGGCAUCGGAAGGUGGUGGUGGAAAGGGUAUUAGAAAAGUGGAAAACCCAGAUGACUUCAACAAUAUGUUCCGGCAGGUCCAAGCUGAAGUACCUGGUUCACCAAUAUUCGUGAUGAAGUUAGCGAAGUCAGCUCGUCACUUGGAAGUGCAACUAUUGGCUGAUCAGUAUGGUAACGCUAUAUCACUCUUCGGCCGUGACUGCUCCAUACAAAGACGUCACCAGAAGAUCAUCGAAGAAGCUCCCGCGGCCAUUGCUAAGCCAGACGUGUUUAUUGAAAUGGAAAAGGCCGCUGUACGUUUAGCAAAAAUGGUGGGUUAUGUGAGCGCUGGUACAGUGGAGUACUUAUACGACCCAGCGGUUGGGCAAUAUUACUUCCUGGAGCUGAACCCUCGACUCCAAGUAGAGCAUCCUUGCACUGAGAUGGUCGCUGAUGUCAAUCUACCUGCUGCACAGUUACAGAUUGCUAUGGGUCUCCCCCUAUACCAGAUAAAGGACAUUCGUCUCCUCUACGGGGAAUCCCCGUGGGGUAGCUCUCAGAUUGAUUUCGAUGAACCCAUACAGAGACCAUCUCCUUGGGGUCACGUUAUAGCCGCUAGGAUUACUUCUGAGAAUCCUGACGAAGGAUUCAAACCAUCGUCUGGUACAGUCCAAGAGCUGAACUUCCGCUCAUCGAAAAACGUGUGGGGUUACUUCAGUGUCGCCGCUUCUGGUGGUCUUCACGAGUUUGCCGAUUCCCAAUUUGGGCACUGUUUCUCGUGGGGAGAGACGAGAGAACAGGCUAGAGAAAACCUAGUAAUAGCACUCAAAGAGUUGAGCAUCCGUGGUGACUUCCGUACUACAGUGGAGUAUCUCAUCACCCUCUUGGAGACGCAGGCUUUUCAGGAAAAUAAUAUUGACACGGCAUGGCUGGAUGCGUUGAUUGCUGAAAGGGUACAAUCGGAGAAGCCAGAUGUGAUGUUAGGAGUACUAUGUGGUUCCAUACUAAUCGCUGACAGCAUCAUUACUACGCACUUCCAGGAGUUCAAGAGCGCUUUAGAAAAGGGUCAAAUCCAGAGUGCGAGCCAGCUUUCAAACACAGUUGAAGUUGAGUUGAUCCAUAGUGGGAACAAAUACAAGGUCCAAGUGACCAAAUCGGGUCCAACCAGUUAUUUCCUCGCUAUAAAUGGGAGUUUCAAGGAACUGGAGGUUCAUAAAUUGGCUGAUGGAGGUACACUUCUUUCCGUGGAGGGCGCGUCAUACACGAGUUACCUCAAAGAAGAAGUCGAUAAAUAUCGUAUAGUUAUUGGAAAUCAGACCGUUGUCUUCGAGAAGGAAAAGGACCCUUCGAAGUUACGAGCGCCGUCUGCUGGGAAACUCAUCAAUUGCCUGGUGGAUGAUGGUGGACACGUGGAUAAGGGGCAACCGUAUGCGGAAAUUGAGGUAAUGAAAAUGGUGAUGACCCUAUCAGCUCCGGAAUCCGGUAACGUCAGCUGGUGUAUGAGACCUGGUGCUGUACUGGAUCAGGGAUCUCUUAUGGGUACUUUGGAGCUAGAUGACCCCUCGCUAGUGACGACGGCUGUGCCCUACAAGGGUCAGUUCCCACUCGGCGAUAAUACAUCUCUCUCUGAGAAACUGAAUCAUGCGCACAUCAAAUAUAGAGUUAUUUUGGAGAACACAUUGGCCGGUUUUUGUCUCCCGGAUCCAUACAACACGCCCCGUUUGAGAGAAGUAGUGGAAAAGUUCAUGCAAAGUCUUCGGGACCCAUCUCUACCAUUAUUGGAACUACAGGAGGUACUAUCAUCAACUUCCGGUAGAAUUCCUCUGUCCGUGGAGAAGAAAGUCCGGAAGUUAAUGGCGUUGUACGAGCGAAAUAUAACGAGUGUGCUGGCGCAGUUUCCCAGCCAGCAAAUCGCUAGUGUCAUUGAUCAUCACGCUGCAUCUCUCACUAAACGCGCAGAUCGUGAUGUAUUCUUCAUGAGCACACAGGCUUUAGUUGUGCUCGUACAGAGAUAUAGAAACGGUAUCCGUGGACGUAUGAAGGCAGCUGUGCAUGAUCUAUUAAAGCAAUACUAUCAAGAUGAAAGUCACUUCCAACUCGGUUCAUACGACAAAUGCGUGAUGGCGCUCCGUGACCGAUACAAAGACGACAUGCAGGUCGUUGCCAAUAUUAUAUUUUCGCACAACCAAGUUGCUAAGAAGAAUUUAUUAGUAACAAUGCUGAUCGACCACCUCUGGUCCAACGAGCCGGGUUUGACGGACGAACUAGCGGCCACACUCAACGAACUCACUUCGUUACAUCGCGCCGAACACAGCCGAGUGGCGCUAAGAGCGAGACAGGUUUUAAUAGCAGCCCAUCAACCGGCGUACGAAUUACGUCACAACCAAAUGGAGUCCAUAUUCUUGUCAGCAGUUGACAUGUACGGUCACGACUUCCAUCCGGAGAAUCUUCAAAAGCUUAUUCUCUCUGAGACAUCCAUAUUCGAUAUACUGCAUGACUUCUUCUACCAUACAAACGCUGCGGUUUGCAACGCAUCUUUAGAGGUGUACGUUCGUCGUGCGUACACGUCAUACGAUAUUACGUGUCUACAACAUUUAGCGUUGUCUGGAGAACUUGGCGUUGUUCACUUCCAGUUUGUGUUACCUACUGGACAUCCUAAUAGGAUACCAAUUAGUCAAUCAGAGAUCGAGUUAUCAGCUGCCCAAGAUCAAGAGGGCGUUCCAGCGGAACUCUCGACAGCUGCAAUGAGGAAAUGUCACCAUCGUACCGGUGCUUUGGCAGCUUUCAAUUCAUUUGAACAGUUCGUGGAGUAUUCUGAUGAGUUGCUGGAUCUGGUCCAUGAUUUUGCUAGUACUGCUACUGUUAGACGAGAGGAUCUUCAGGCGUUACAAGAUGGGAGUGAAAGUCGAGACAGCACUAGUAUUAACGUCGGCAUGGACUAUAAGCAAAUCGUUGAAGAGGAUGUGCCCCUAGAACCGAUACAUAUUCUCAUGAUUGGUAUCCGAGACACUGGUGAAGCCGACGACAGCGCGGUAUCGCGUCGUUUUGGACACUUUUGCCGCGCACACGCAAGGGAAUUACACCAGAAGCGCAUACGACGCAUCACUUUUAUGCUGUUGAUCAAACGCCAGUUCCCGAAAUUCUUUACGUACCGAGCUCGGAAUGACUUCAAAGAAGACACAAUCUACCGCCAUCUAGAACCUGCAUCCGCCUUCCAGCUGGAGCUGUACCGCAUGAGGAGUUACGACUUGGAAGCUCUGCCCACAAGCAACCAGAAGAUGCACCUGUAUCUUGGAAAGGCUAAGGUAAAGAAAGGCCAAGAGGUGACCGACUUUAGAUUCUUCAUCCGAUCCAUCAUUAGACACCAGGAUCUCAUCACCAAAGAGGCCAGUUUCGAAUAUCUCCAAAAUGAGGGUGAAAGGAUGUUGUUAGAAGCAAUGGAUGAACUGGAAGUGGCCUUUUCACACCCAUUAGCGAAGAGGACUGAUUGUAACCAUAUCUUCUUGAACUUUGGACCUACUAUUUUGAUUGAUCCAGCAAAGAUAGAGGAUUCAGUGCUCGGUAUGGUGAUGAGAUACGGUCCUCGUCUUUGGAAGUUGAGAGUUUUGCAAGCCGAAAUCAGAUUCACCUUGAGAGUCGGUCCCGGAUCCCCAACGAAAACAAUUCGUCUGUGCCUCUCAAAUGGUUCUGGAUAUUCCCUCGACGUAUACAGUUAUGAAGAGGUCUCCGACCCAAAGACUGGUGUGAUAAUAUUCCAAUCUUAUGGCCCCAAACAAGGACCCAUGCAUGGUCUUCCGAUAUCCACGCCUUAUGUUACCAAGGAUUAUCUACAGCAGAAACGGUUUUUGGCAACUUCACAAGGAACAACAUAUGUAUACGAUAUACCGGAUAUGUUCAGACAAAUGGUGGAAGACCAAUGGCGGGACUAUAUCGAGGAGGGAUCUGUUGAUGGUCCAAGGCCAGACAAUGUGAUGAAUCUGGUAGAGUUGGUGAUGGAGAAUGAUGGCGAGAGACGGAUCAUGGAAGUUACCAGAUUGCCUGGACAGAAUAAUGUCGGUAUGGUCGCAUGGCGCAUAACCCUGUUCACCCCGGAGUAUCCCGAGGGAAGAGAUAUUGUCCUCAUAGCCAAUGACCUUACGUACUACAUGGGGUCCUUUGGACCACAAGAAGACUGGGUGUACUUUAGAGCAUCAGAAUAUGCGCGAGAGCACAAAAUACCGAGGGUGUACGUAAGCGUAAACUCAGGUGCGCGUAUAGGAGUCGCUGAGGAAGUGAAGUCCGAAUUCAAAGUAGCCUGGAUUGACGCAGAACACCCCGACCGGGGCUUUAAGUAUCUGUAUUUGAGCCCCGAAGCCUAUUCUCGUUUGGGCCCUAUGGGCUCUGUGAAGACGACUUUGAUAGAUGAUGAAGGAGAGACCAGAUAUAAGAUUACUGACGUUAUCGGCAAAGAGGAUGGUCUGGGAGUGGAAUGUUUGCGGGACGCGGGUUUGAUUGCUGGGGAAACAGCACAGGCGUAUGAAGACAUCGUGACCAUCUCCGUCGUAACUUGCAGGGCCAUUGGUAUAGGAUCUUACGUUGUCAGAUUAGGCCACCGAGUCAUCCAAGUGGAAUCGUCGUACAUAGUUCUAACCGGUUACAUGGCGUUGAAUAAAUUACUGGGCAAACCGGUUUACGCCAGUAAUAACCAGUUGGGUGGUAUACAAAUUAUGUACAAUAAUGGUGUGACACACGCAGUGGCGCCAUCUGACCUUGAGGCCAUAAGAACCACAGUUAAAUGGCUCUCGUACAUACCUAAAGAUAAACUAAGCAUAGUGCCCAUACUCCGUAGUGCAGAUCCAAUAGAUAGACCAGUAGAAUGGAUUCCGCCGAGAACUGCUCACGACCCACGGUUUAUGCUCACGGGCGAAGGAAAUCGACUCGGAUUCUUCGACGCCGGUUCGUUUGAUGAGAUUAUGCGUCCGUGGGCACAGACUGUUAUAGCCGGUCGUGCCCGUCUAGGAGGUAUCCCCGUGGGAGUUAUAGCAGUUGAGACUCGUACAGUUGAAUUGACCUUACCAGCCGAUCCAGCCAACUGGGACUCCGAGGCCAAAACUGUUCAGCAGGCUGGACAGGUCUGGUUCCCAGAUUCCUCGUACAAGACAGCUCAAGCUAUAAAUGACUUCACUCGAGAAGGAUUGCCCAUUAUUAUAUUUGCUAACUGGCGAGGCUUCAGCGGGGGUCAAAAGGAUAUGUACGAGCAAAUCCUGAAGUUCGGAGCUGAAAUAGUCCGAGCGUUACGUGGAGCAACGGCCCCAGUUAUAGUCUACAUCCCACCGGGGGCGGAGUUAAGAGGCGGGGCUUGGGCGGUCGUUGACCCCAGUGUCAAUGGCACUAGGAUGGAGAUGUACGCUGACAAUGAUGCCAGGGGUGGUGUAUUAGAGCCUGAAGGAAUUGUCGAAGUCAAGUUCAAGCAACGGGAUAUUGUUAAAACAAUGCAUCGUUUGGAUCCGGAACUAUUGAGAUUGGGCGCUAGGAUAUCUGAACUGAAAGAACAAAUAAAGGAUAUAUCAAAGAAUUUGGACCGUAGAGGCUCUGUGGACGAAGUUCUCAUUAAGACGGACGUCGGCAGACAAGCUGAAAGUAAAAUAAGAGAUUUGGAAAGCGAAUUAAGUACAGGGGAGAAGAAUGCCAAAGCCAGGGAAAAGGAGUUGGCCUCUGUAUACCACCAGAUUGCAAUCCAAUUCGCCGAACUCCACGAUACAGCGGAACGUAUGCUCGAAAAAGGUUGCAUAUUCGACAUCGUUCCCUGGAAGAACUCGCGGAAGAUCCUCUACUGGAGACUGCGAAGGCUCUUGCACCAGAACCUCCAAGAGAGGAGGGUUCAGAAUGCCACGGGACCCGAUAGCAUCGACCAGAGGGCAGCUGCUGCUACCUUGAGGAGGUGGUUCACGGAGGACCGAGGGGAGACACAGUCUCACCAAUGGGAGAACGAUAACGAAGCGGUUUGUCGGUGGUUGGAACAACAAGCGUUGGACCAGGAUUCGGUUCUCGAGAGAAACCUGAGAGCCAUCAAGCAGGAUGCUGUACUGCAAAACGUUAACCAGCUUGUCAUGGAACUAACUCCGUCCCAACGUGCUGAAUUCGUGAGAAAAUUAUCGGCUUUAGAAAUAGAACAGGAUUACAAUAACUAGUCUCUUUCACUAUCUACAGUUGUGAGUGAGAUGGCAUCACUCAAAUUUUGGUAUAUUUGAAUUUAUUUGCAGGUUAUAAAUGAAAUGUGGCCGGGGAUUUUUGUAAGACUAAAUGUUAUACAUUUUAAAAUAAUAAUAUUUAUUUUUACUUACAAAACCAUGACAGAAAAUAGUAAAUUUUAUUUAUUACAUCAAGAUUCAAUGAGCCAAAGGAAUAUUCUUUUUUUACAUGAUCUGAAUUAUUCUUCAGUGAGUUUGGGAUUGUUUGAUUGAAAUUUAUGCGAUUAGUACAAGUGUAUUUUAAAUAGAUGGUGUAGCAUGUGAACGCUUAUAUCUUAUCUAAAAUAUACCUAUAUAUACUUUAUAUAUUCGCGGUUCAAGUAUUACGUAAGCAGAUUUACUGCAAUUUAUCCCCCCCCCCUUGUCAGCAAA